AAAGAAUAUACCGGUCGAAACGCCAUCUCUCAUAGAUGGUCAAAAUGAUUAUUUCAAAAUAAAUGGUGGAUAUUUAUUUGUUUAAUGCUUCCACGUUACUAUAAAGUUGUAUUUUGAAGAAGUAACGGUUGAAUGUACAAUUCAAAUAACCACUGCUGGUCUUGUUCAAUUGAAAUUGGAUAAUCCUAAAGACUGGAGAUACUAUCACCAAUACGGUAGGAAUUGUUGUUGUCUUUAUCAUAAAGGAGACAUACUGAUAUCUGACAGAUUAUUGUGUGGAGUCAUACGUCAUUAAUUAUACGUCAGAAUGAUGCGGGAGAAAACAUAAAGAUAUGUCAUCAUCACCUGAUCCAACGUCACCAGGAAAGCUUUCAACAGGAUUAAGUCCUCACCUAAACCCUCGUUUUUCUCGUAUAAAACAAGAUUAUCAUAAACGACUUUUUAAUUAUGAAAAGGAAUUUAAUUUAAAAACUUCUAAAUCGACACACAGAGAAAAGGCGCUACGUGAAUCAAUGCUUGCAUAUACAGAGCGCAUACGAAACAUUUCGAAUUCACGGAACAAAUAUGAUGGCGACGAAAGCGACAACGAAGAUAAUAUACCUCUGGUUGUCACAGCAAAACAUAUUCCUAAGUUUCCAAUUAAACGUACCAUUCCAAGACGUCCAGCAUCUUUAGACGAACUGAUCGGUAAAAGCAGUCUGGUAAAACAAGAAAGAGAACGAUUAUUGAAACGUCCAAAAUCAGCAUCACGUGUCUCUACACGUCUGCCACUUCCUUCUCUAUCGGAGAGAUUAAAUGGCCGCUCACAUCGUGUCAAAAUUAGUUUCGUCAGUGCAUCAGAUUUAUAUGAUUUCGUCGAUUACAGCUUACGAAAUCGAGGGACUAAAAAAGAAACAUUACAAUUUCUUCAAAUGGAAAAAGAUAUUUUAACAAAGAAAGCCCACGAAAAUCACAAACGUCCCGCGGCUGCUCAACCUCGACUAAAUGAAUUGUCUGCCAAAUCCAAAAAUGAAGGAAAUGUGAAUUCUUUUUCAAUGUUACCGCCGAUAGAUUCUAAAGAAUCCGUUCAAAAACCAAAAAAUGUACACACUGAAUCUGUACACGAACAAAGUGAAAUAUUACCGCUUGAUAAUAUUGUGAAAGAAGAACCAAUUAAUAACACAGAGGAGAGUGGUAGAAAAUCACCAGUAGUUCCUCUCAAAAUACGUCCUAACCGUGCUAAACGUAUGAAAAUACGACAGCCUGAUUUAGGUGCUAUUCCUGAAAAUGACGUUUCGUCACAUCGAAAUUCAGCCACACCUGAAAGGUCUAUUGUUUCCCCGCCACCUAAAAUGUCUCCUAGAAAUGUUGUUAACCUGGACUCAAAUUUAGUUUCAAUUCCAGAAAAUGAAAACAUUAAUGACAGUGGAUUUUCUGCUAGGAGAAAAGUUUCAAGACUAAGUCAUCGAAAGAUAGAAAUUAACCGAAACGGUCCAUUGUGGAAAUCAGAUAGUUUACUAACUAAUGAAAAACGCAUAAUAGAUAUCGAUGAUCUGGAUUUAAACGCAACUUCUAAUAAAUUAAAAGCACAGAAGAAGUUUAAGAAAUUAAUAUUCUUGCGAGAUAUUCCAGACAGAAAAUAGUGCAAUAUUAUUGUUAUUUUGUAGCAUUACAGACUUGUGUCUUUUCCAAAAUUCUUACAUAUUUCGUUUAAUUAUAUUUGUUGAACAAUCA